GGAACCGUUGAGCUUUAUCCCGAAGAACUCGAGGACAUGUGGCAUGUGUAUAAUCUAAUUUCAGUAGGUGAUAGUUUGAAAGCCACGACAAUACGGCGUGUUCAAAAUGAAAGUAGUACUGGUUCGGUAGAGUCACAGCGAAUUAGACUGACUUUAACCAUAACAGUGGAUGAUAUAGAUUUUGAUCCGCAAGGUGGUCUAUUGAGAAUUAGGGGACGUAAUAUGGUCGAAAAUAAAUAUGUCAAAAUGGGAAUGUAUCAUACGAUUGAUCUUGAGUUACAUCGAAAUUUUACGCUAUUUAAAUCAGAAUGGGAUAUUAUCGCACUUGAACGUAUUGAUGAAGCAUGCGAUAUCACCAAACAAGCUGAUGUUGCUGCAGUCGUGCUUCAGGAGGGUCUAGCGAAUUUAUGCUUAGUUACACAGCACAUGACUAUAGUGAGACAAAGAAUUGAACACCCAGUUCCACGUAAACGCAAGGGAUUUGUGACAAAUUAUGAAAAGGGCUUGCAAAAAUUCUAUGAUCAAGUGUUACAAGCGAUUUUACGGCAUAUAAACUUCGAAAUAGUCAAGGUUGUCAUUUUGGCGAGCCCUGGAUUUGUUAAGGAUCAACUUCGCGAAUAUAUAUUUGCAGAGGCAUUGAAACAAGAUAUUAGACCAUUAUUGGAAAAUAAAUCAAAAUUUAUCCUUAUUCAUUGCUCGUCAGGUCAUAAACAUUCACUUCAAGAAGUAUUACAAGACUCAGCUGUACAAAGCCAGUUAGCAAACACAAAGUUCGCAAAGGAAAUUGUCGCUCUAGAUAAGUUUUUCAAGAUGCUUAAUGAAGAUCCUGACAGAGCCUUCUAUGGAUGGGAUCAUGUGAGAAAAGCAGAAGAAAGGGGUGCUAUCGGAACGUUACUUCUUUCUGACGGAUUAUUUAGGUCUGCAGAUAUUCCAACUCGUAGAAAAUAUAUUCGUCUUGUCGAAUCAGUUCGUUCAAGUGGUGGCAAAGUGCUAACAUUUUCAAGCCUACACGUUUCAGGAGAACAACUUAAUCAACUCACGGGGGUAGCUGCAAUUCUUAAUUUUCCUUUGCCUGACAUCGAAUCAGAAGAGGAAGAAAAUGCAACAGAAACUAUAGAAAACAAUAAUUCAUAA